CGACUCUAUUCAGAUUUUCACCGUAGCACCAAUAUUUACUACCUUCCAGAGAUCGACAGCCCGAAUCUUCAAGAAUAUCCCUCGCGAAUUGAACCGCUACAAUAACGACCAUGACAGCUCCCAACCAGGAGCAGCUUAAAGCCCUCGAGCAAACCCGCCAACGCCUCAUCCAGCUCACACACUCCCUAGGCUCAUUAAUAGGAAGUCUAAACCAAAGCGACCCCCUUCCAUCGUGGUCCUCACUACAAUCCCAAGCAAACAUAAUUUCCAACAACCUCCUCAACGUCUCAUCCAUACUACGCGAAUACCAGCCUCUGUUCUCCUCCCUUGUCGCCUACCCGGCCCCUUCAUACCCCGGCAAGACACAAGCGAAUACCCUCGAACAACUCCUUCGGACAAAGCUAGACCCUCGUGUCGAUGAUUGGGUUUCCCAUGGCCGGGCUGUAGGGGCAAACGUCUCCGGUCUUUCUGGGGUGCAGAACCAGGAAGGGGGGAAAUCAUCGCUGAGCGAACAGGAGUUAGAUGAAUUGUGGGCUUGGGCGCCUUUGGAGGCGAAUCGGGAAGCGAGGAGGCGGAAUUGGGGUGGGAAUUUUACGUUGGAGGAAAUGGAGAUGGGUGUCGAGAAUGUUGUUACCGGGUUGAGGAGGGAAUUGGAGGUUGAUGAAGAAGAUGAGGAUGAAGAAGAAGGCGAAGAAGAUGCUGAUGGGAUGGAGGUUGCUCCGGGAUUGGCGCAGGGUGCGGUUGACGGGGGCCGUGGUGAAGGCGCGCCUGAGAAACCGGCCAUGCCGGGGAUGGGCUUAGAUGAGAUUAUGAGGUUUAUGACUACGGGUGUGGCUCAGAAGGGCAGAUAA